AUGGCCCCAGACGAAUACGCCACAGGCGGAGGCGGCAAACUCAAGCUCAAAGGAAGCAAAGUCAGCGACGGACGCGUGGAAAAGAAGAAAAAGAAGAAGAACAAGACAAAGCAAGACGGUACCACCGACCCGACCGGAAAUGCGCCGGGUGAAUCGCAACCAGAUCGAGAAUCCGAACAACUCGCCUCUCAGCAGCAGCAUGAAAAGCCGGACCCCAACGAAAUUGAUCCGCGUCGAUCAAAUUCUCGAGAUCGGGACGAGGACCGCGGAGCAAUGGUUGCUAAAACCGAGGCAGAGAGAAGGCCGAAGAUUGGACCUGGUUAG